GUUGCAGAAAACGCUUCUGAAUCAGAGAGAAAGGAUUUGCUGUCUGAACUUGAAUUGAUGAAACAACUUAAACCUCAUCCUUAUGUUAUCAAACUCCUGGGAUGCGUUACCAAGUCCGGUAAAUACUGAAAUGUUUAUCAUGUUUACCAAAAUUAGGUUUUAAAAUAUAGAUAAGUAUCGUUUUUCUCGGUAUGUUGGUGUUUGAGCGUAAGAUAUAUUUCCUCUUAAUUUAUAUAGUAUAUUGUAAUGAUUUGAUGUGGUGCCCGGAGCUCUUAUUUACUUUUGGUGGGCAACAGGAGGGUGCUUAUUUGAAACAGGGCGGUAGUUAGGGACAUAUAAGAACCAGCAGAAAGUGCGAAACAUAGCUUUGAUGUUUAUUUGAAAAGGAAAACGGGCUUGUUGCCUCUGCAUCCUUCCUGGAGAGAACGAAGAGCCAAGCAGACGCGGCAAACAGUUCAUUUGUUGAAGGGACUGUGCACUCACAUGUACAUAAUAGUUGGGAGACUGAGACUAAGGCCACGCUUUUUGUACUGAGGCUACAUGUGAAAAAUGAACGAAGAUGUACCACGGUUGAUCUCAAUGUACAUUUACUUUAACAAUGUUAUCACCGAAACAGAUUAGGGGCGCUCAUUGGAAUGAGACUGCUAACCCAAAAGGGGCGCUUAUUAGAACAAGGACGCUUAUUAAGAAAAAAACAAAUUCGAGGGGGGCGCUUAUUGAGUACAGUACUCAACAUUUUACUCUUUAAAAGGGUAUCAAGUCGUUUCUUACGCACGGUAGUUUCUUACCGAGCCGUUUCGUACCCAAAUUUAGUCCAUUCAUACCCAGUUUGAUUCGGAUUGUACCAGAAAUGCUUCACGUGUGAGUACAUGAACAGAUCUCCGUUGUACGACUUUUUCCGCGUACGACAGGCAAGUGGAGUUAGGUGAAUAAGAUUCAAGCAAAAUUCUGUUGUGUGUACUUGUGACCUCCUCGAGAGAAACAACUAGAUACUAGGUAUUUUUUAAAAAGAACAAGUCUAUUGUUUGCAGUUGUGACUUUGUUAUCAACAACAACCAGUGUAAUUUUUUGCCUCCCCUUUUUAUUAAAGGUAAAAAUUCACUUAUUCUAACAAAGGAAAACAAACAACAUUCGCCAGUCGCGUAAAUUAAAAUGGACGUAACAGAAAAAAAACUUAUUUAACGCAGGGAAUAUUGCUAUUCAAAAUAAAAGACCGACCUUUCUUUAAAAAUACUUAAGAUAUAAAACAUACUUUAUUACUUUUGGUUCGAAACAACCCAACUAACCGGGUACGAAUUGACCUGGCUGGGUACGAAACGACUGGUAACCUAUUAAAGCGAUCUUCGGGUAAAAAUAGAGUACGAGUAUUCCAUCCUUUUUCGGCGAAGUAAAAGAAAUCAGCGGAAACAAAACUGACACUGGAAGUGAUGGGUACGAACAGUAGAGACCAUACUUUUCGUGUGCCUCACAUUCAGAGGUCCCCAUGGUACUCCUAGUCUAAGCCUAAGUAACUGUCUUGAAAUCGAUUCUUAGAGUGUCACUGUUAGGAUAUCUUAUCGAACAGAUCGAUCGCUCAGCGCGCCGUUGAUCUUGAGGGAGCCUUUGUUGAAGGAUAUAGUCCAUUUACCUCGCCCCAUUACUCCAUUACCUUUUUUUUUCCAUUCCUGCUAACUUUUGGGAAAAUUCGCUGACCGACGCUUACAGUUUGGGCAUAUUCUAUUCUUGCGUACACGUGUGAGGUCUCCAUAGAGUUUAUUUGACGGCAGAGAAGUAGGCACACUUUUAUACUGUCUGCUAAAUAGCAUCGCAUGUAUAAUCAGUAAAUGAGAUUUAAGAUCACUAAAAUCUAUUGGGGAUCAAAAAUGGGCUGAGACUAAAACUGCCUUCUUAAGUUUCACGCACAUUUUGCGGAUGUGGGCCGGUAAGAUGUGAAUACGCUACGAGGGCGAGAAUCUUUCCGGUAGUAGACCGUGAAUAUAAAACAUGACCUGCCUUAAAUAAAAUUUUAAUACGAUGUCAUUGCAGUGGAAUCGACUUAUGGUUACAUUGCUUUUAAAAAGAUUUACAACAAUUGUGAAUAUAAACGAAUCGUAAGGUAGUUAAUACUUCAUUUUCUCAUAAACGUUGAAUAAACGUCGUACUCUUCCAAGUAACUGUGGCUUAUAUUGGAGAGUGACGUUUCUUUGUAAUUUUGCUUCCAUCUGCGGCAUGUAAUCGAGUAUUUGCGGAACUUUGUUUGUCUCCCUAGAGCCAUUGUUGGUGUUGAUCGAAUAUGUUCCGUUUGGGGAUCUGCUGGGUUACCUGAGAAAGAGCCGUGGAUUAAAUGAUACUUACUACAAAGACCCGGAUAUCAAACCACAAACAAACCUGACCUCACAGCAGCUGAUAAAGUUUGCUUGGCAAAUCGCUGAUGGAAUGUCGUAUUUGUCAUCGAUACCAGUGAGUGAUGUAAUUAUUCUUUGAGAAACAUCCUUACAGAAUACGGCCUUAUUUGUCUCCCAAUAUACCUCACUUUCUGUUGAAUUGUGGAAUCGUUGCCUAGGAUGUCAUCCCAUGUCACUGAGUCACCCUUAAGCCUCUCGUUUCGCUAAAGGUUGUUUUCCAAAAGAAACACUUUCUCUUUGUUUAAGGUUAUUCAUAGAGAUCUUGCAGCUCGUAAUGUGUUGGUUGGAGAAGGGGAAACGUGCAAAGUGACGGACUUUGGAAUGGCCAGAGAUGUGCAAGAGGACAACAUUUACGAAAAAAAAACUAGGGUAUGAAUGAUUUUGAGAAAAAACAAUGUUCUCGUAAGCCUUGGAUUGUUGGGGUGAAGAUGCCUCUCUGGAUUGACUGCUCAAAGAAAACAAGCUCAGUAAAUCCUGCUCCGUUUUCCGGAACUUUCGUUUCAGUGUUGUUGCCAUUGGGAGCGUUAGUACUUUUUAAGGACUACGCCAACUCCUUACAUUUUUGCUUCUUAUUCAGGGGCGUCUCCCUGUAAAAUGGACUGCCAUUGAGGCGUUGCUUUACGGAAAAUAUACUACCAGGAGUGAUGUGUGAGUACAAGGAAGAUAUGAACACUGCACUAAGCUUAAUGAGAAUGGUUUUGUAUGAACUGUUUUCAGGUCUGCAAAAAGUUAUUUGGUUACUUUUGUAUUUUGGUCUUUUUACUUUGCUGGUGUGAGGUCAUCUCAGUGAGGAGUGGUUAUCCUCAUUUUUUAUGGGUAGUGAUCAGGGAUCAACUCCUCUGACACUGCGCAUGUGUACCUCCCCACCCCAUGUCCCCUUCCCUUCACCACCAAAGAUGUUUUAAUUACAUUUUUGUAGGGAAGAAAUUUUACUUCCUUAAAUGUAUCCCGUUUGUUUUACAGGUGGAGCUACGGGAUUCUCCUCUAUGAGAUAUUCACGAUUGGUAAGUUACAUGGCAGAUUACCAGUCCAGUAAUUUUAGCUUCAGCAAUUGGGUGGACACGAAGUCGUGAAGUAAGCAGGGUUUACCAGUCUCUUUAUAAUUAGUUUUCGGUCAUACAAAACCAGUUUAGAUAGCCAAAGUCGCUGGCCUUAGGCGGAAAAAAUUAUUAAUGAAUAUACAUCUGUAGAGCUUUUCAUUUUAGAGUAAGUUAACAUUACCUGCUCUAUUCAGGUGGUUCACCGUAUCCAAGGAUGGAUGGAAGAAAAAUUGCAAACUUACUUCAAGAGGGAUACAGAAUGCCUAAACCACAACACGUAGAUGAUAAGUUGUAUGAUAAUAUCGUGUUUUUACUGUUUAAUGAUGGCUUUUCUCGUAUGUUAGUAUUUGUGCCGCUUUUUGUUUUUUCUAGGGAUAGGUCGAACCGUUUCUAAUUAAACUAUUUUUGGACGUCCUUUUAGGUAUGACAUAAUGAUAAAAUGUUGGAAAGACGACCCUAAUUUGAGACCAUCUUUUGAGAAGUUGAGGAACAAACUCAAAGAAAUGGAAAACCGGCACAAGGUAGAAUAG